AUGAAUGUACUUAAGUUUCUUAUAGAUGAUCGCAAGCUAAGCCCAAAAUUAGUUGAUGAAAUCGGUAAUACGCCUCUUCAUUAUACGGCUUAUAAUGAUUCUGUAGAAGCAUUCAAAUUUUUGCUUCAGUCCGAGAAAAUUGAUGUUAACGAUUGCAACAUUACAGUCAACAGAUAUCAGUACCUCAUUAACAUUGUAGAUGAAAAUGGCAAUACUCCUUUUCACGAAGCAGCUUCUAACGAUUCAUUAGAAAGUUUUAAAUAUUUACUACAAUGCACAACAUUUGAUAAUCAGACAUGUAACCAAAAAGGUGAAACUGUUUUACAUAGAGCUGCUUGUAAAAAUUCUAUGAACGUGUUAAAGUAUCUAAUUGAUGAGCUUAAUAUGAGUCCAACUCUAGUUGAUAUACAUGGCGAUACACCACUCCAUGUUGCAGCUUUUAACAACUCCCUUGAAGCUUUCAACUAUUUGUUAAAGAUUGAAAAAUUAAAUAUUAACGAUUGCAAUGAUAAAGGUGAUACCGUUCUACAUAAAUCUAAUAAGUUGCUCUUAUGGAAGAGAAAAUUAGAAGAUCAAGAAAUUGACUGUUUUCCUGCUUUACAAGGUAUUCUUCAAGAAAACUCGAUAGAGAUCCUCGAUCCCUCUUUAAAAAAUAUGUUUACACAACGCUUGUUAUCAUUGAGCGAACACUUUGAGAAAUAUUUUCACGAAGAUCUGGAGUAA